UGCGUCGAUGUUGUUUGUUGUUUUAAUCAGCACUUCACUCCCUGCGCAUAUUGAAGUUUUUGUGAUAAGUUAAUGCAGUAGUGACAGAGAUGGAGUCUGUGUUAGGACACCUGCAGCACAUACUGGAGUUACUGGCCGUGUCGCAGACGGAUUGUGUGAAUGAAUGGGACUAUCACACAACACUCAAGGCGUUUCAGUGGGCAGAAUACUGCGAGCACCUGCACAACCGCUUCCACGCGAACCCUGCUGUGAGACCCGCGCUCGAGUCCCGCCUGCACGACACCAACCGCCACCUGCGGGAAACCUUUCCUUCAUAUUCUCCGGUGAUGUUGUCAGAGCUCGCUCAAUGUCAACACAAACUGCUCAUUAACUUACUCAGAAACCCAUCUGCACCAAGCUCCAUAGUCCAAAGACUGUUUCCCGAUUCUAGACCUACAGAACAGGGAUUAAAAUUGGACCAGAAUGGCCUUAUUACUUGUAAAUCUGCUUUUAAACUGCUAUGCUGCAGUUUGGAAACGACUAGUUCUGCUGGUUUACAGGUUGAAGCAGAAGUAAGAGGUAAACUGCUCGGGAAACUCUUGAACUCCAUAUUAACUCGACCAGGUAAUGAUGAUUAUGCGAGAACGCUGUUGGAGUCCAUCCUCUGCGAUAGCGCGGGAAACAUGGAAAGCCUUAAUGACGUCAUCGCAUCUGUACUUCUUUCCAGUGAUGACGGAACGAACAGUGUCACUCAGCGCUUCAUCCUGGACUGGCUUCAAAGUCACGACGGAUGUUUUAGUAAACUGUGCGAGUCGUUGUCUCCUGGGCUGUGUAGGAUCCUCUCCACAAAGUCUGUGGAAUUUAAAGAGGCAUACUGGGGUGUUUUGAAACAGUGGGCGUCAUGCUUAGAGUAUGACGUCUUGCAGAGCGUGUGGGUGCUGACGUCAGAUGGUACUGUGACGUUUAAUGUAUUAGCUGAUCGACUGAGAGAUUUACUAAAGACAGGGUCACCAUUAAAACAGGAGACGGAGACUCAGCUUGCAGAACUGAAACUGGAAAGUGGUGCCUUUGAUGUGAAAGGCAUCAGUGUGUGGACUGAUCUUAUCAUUCAACUGAAGCUGUAAAGACGUCACAUUUGAUUUGUAUUUAUAUUUAAGUAAAUAACUUUUAUUCCUAAAUUGUUUUGUAAUUUAUAUUUUUUUAUUAUUAUGAGCCAUGAAUUUAUAUUAUAGUUUUCAUAAUUGGAAAACAUGCAAAGAUAGACAUUGUGUACGUUCUACCUUGGGCUCCGAGCCGACAGGGGGAGACAGUGCGCUGUAUAUGAUAGACAUGUCCGAGGGAUUGAUUUUAUCAAAACUAACUCAGUAGAACUGACUUAGAAACCUUUUAGGCUUUUGUCAUUGAGGGUACUUUUUAAAUGCCUUUUAUUAACAGAUUUGAGUGUUUUAGCCUUAUCCCAGAACCAAAUAUUCAAUAUUAAACUAUGAAAAUCCAUUAUAAAAAUACAAAUUAUUAAAUGUUUAAAACUAAUUACGACUGUCUUUUUUUGUUUUUGUUUUUGUUUUUUAGUUAGUGUCAGUAAAGAGCAUACUUGAGAUGAAAUAUCAAGGUAAAUAUCACUUGUGAGCAGAAUAUUUUAUUUGGUGCCAUUUCCAGUAAAAAUGUAUUUUGCCAACUAAUGCAAAAAGUAAAAAUAUUUAACUUUGUAUUUAUGAGGCAUAAAAUGUUAGCUACAAAAUUAGCCUAAACAAGACAAAGUAGUCAGCCAUUUUUUUUUUUUUUUUAAAUGUGGUGGGAAUUUGCAUGAAUUCAGAAAUCUCCUCUGAUGAAUGUACACUGGUUUACAUUGUAAGAUGCAGUAGAUAAAUAAAUAAUAGUGAGAGUGUUAACAAUGUUUUAACCCUGUAAAGCCUGACAUAUGAAAGAAUUGUCAGACAAUUGGAUUUAUUUA